AAACGCGUGUGUGAGGGGUGGUGGGGGGUUUCGUCGUCAACUUGCUCGAAAAGGGCCAACAGAGGCAGUAGGCACCGAGUGUGCCGAGAUUCGAAGCCCAUUCACCCAUGAAUUCCGAACCCUAAAUGCCUACUCUUCUCUCUCUACCCUUCACGUGGUAGAUCCAUCUGUUAUCGGAGUUUUCCUCUUGACAACUCUCUUUGUAUCUAAUUGCUCUCUGCGUUAAAGUUUAGAGCUCAGAACCGGAGCCCUCGCUCGCCGCGUCUCUUUACGGGUGGUCAGGAUGUCAACUCCUUCAAGGAAGAGACUGAUGAGGGAUUUCAAGAGGUUGCAGCAGGAUCCUCCUGCUGGUAUCAGUGGGGCACCCCAAGACAAUAAUAUAAUGCUUUGGAAUGCUGUAAUAUUUGGUCCUGAUGACACUUCGUGGGAUGGAGGUACGUUUAAGUUGACACUUCAGUUUGCAGAGGAUUAUCCAAAUAAGCCACCAAUAGUUCGGUUCGUUUCUCGAAUGUUCCAUCCAAAUAUUUAUGCAGAUGGAAGCAUUUGCUUGGAUAUUCUACAGAACCAAUGGAGUCCCAUUUAUGAUGUGGCUGCUAUACUUACGUCUAUCCAGUCAUUAUUGUGCGAUCCAAACCCAAACUCACCUGCAAAUUCAGAAGCAGCACGGAUGUUUAGUGAGAAUAAGCGUGAGUACAACCGAAGAAUACGUGAAAUUGUCGAGCAGAGCUGGACAGCAGACUAGCUCUCAUGUUAGGAUGUCAUGAAUUUUCCUGGAAGUAUUGAAGGCAAGUUGGAGUAAUGUUGCUGCCAUUUAAAAACUUUUGAAUCAUAGACUACUUUAAACUAAUUAUAUUAUCUGUCUGCUUCCCUGGGUGGAUGCUACACUACCAUCUAUAUUUGCCGACGUGGCGCAUCAGUGCUUAAAAUCCCUGGGUUCAUGUACAUACAUUUCUUUGUAUCGCUAGACUUGAAAAUACUCCUUAUUAUGCAACCUCGUAAUUUGUUUUUUCAA